ACACUUGUUUUGGAGAGCAGCACUAACGCUGUCCAAAAACCCUCCGCCAUGACACCGUAACCGCAAAUCCUGAAUAAGCGAAUACAUUAAAGCCCAAAGUGAGACGCAAAGCUGACUUCAGGAGUUGGUAUGCUAUUGGAGUGGUCUAGGGAUGCCCAAGGAGAAAUAUGACCCGUCUGAUACCAGGCGGAUGUACACUAUCAUGUCCAUUGAGGAGGCAAACAGUGGGAAAAAGUCCAACUGGGAUGCACUUGAAAUAACUGGUAAUGUCCGCAGUCUUAGCUCGACCCUUUGGUCUCUCACCCAUCUCACUGCUCUGCACCUCUGUGACAAUGCUCUGUCACGCAUCCCACCUGACAUUGCCAAGCUGCACAACCUUGUGUUCUUGGAUCUGUCAUCCAAUAAGAUCAGGUGCCUGCCAGCAGAGCUUGGCAACAUGGUGUCUCUCAGGGAACUGCUUUUAAAUAACAACCAGUUGCGGAUUCUGCCUUUCGAAUUGGGGAAACUGUUUCAGUUGCAAACACUGGGGUUGAAAGGCAAUCCACUUACUCAAGAAAUUAUGAGCCUCUACCAGGAGCCAGAUGGCACCCGCCGACUGCUGAACUACUUUUUGGACAAUCUUGCUGGUGCCAUCAAGUACAUCCCAACAGAGCAACCUCCGUCCAGGAACUGGAUUGUGCUGGAGGAGCCUGAUAGGACAAGACCAACAGCCCAUUUAACCGUAAUGUGCUACAAUGUGCUGUGUGAUAAGUAUGCCACACGCCAGCUCUAUGGCUACUGCCCGUCCUGGGCCCUUAAAUGGAGCUACAGGAAAAAGGCCAUAAUGCAGGAGAUCCUCAGCUGCAAUGCAGACAUUAUAAGCUUGCAGGAAGUGGAGACAGAACAGUAUUACAACUACUUCCUUCUGGAGCUCAAUAAACAGGGAUAUGAUGGAUUCUUCAGUCCGAAGUCCCGUGCCAGAACCAUGUCUGAAUCCGACAGGAAACAUGUAGAUGGAUGUGCAAUAUUCUACAAGACCGAAAAGUUCAGCGUUGUGCAGAAACACACAGUCGAGUUUAACCAGCUGGCUAUGGCCAAUUCAGAGGGCUCGGAGGCUAUGUUAAAUCGGGUCAUGACCAAGGACAACAUUGGGGUGGCUGUGUUGCUGGAGCUAAAGGAGUUAAUAGAGGUGUCAUCAGGUAAAUCCCUUCAUGGUAUGGAGAAACAGCUCCUACUAGUGGCAAAUGCUCACAUUCACUGGGACCCAGAGUACUCUGAUGUGAAGCUGGUGCAGACCAUGAUGUUCCUGUCAGAGGUGAAGAAUAUUAUAGACAAGGCCUCUCUCAGUCUGAAGCUCUCCUCCAUGUCUGGAGAAACCAGUGGCAUUCCUCUGGUGCUGUGUGCCGAUCUCAACUCGCUUCCUGACUCUGGUGUAGUGGAGUACCUGAGCACAGGUGGGGUGGACUGCACACAUAAAGACUUCAAGGAGCUGCGCUACAAUGACAGCCUGACCAACUUCAACUGCAGUGGCAAGAACAGCACAUCUAAUGGACUGAUCACGCAUGGUUUCAAGCUGAAGAGUGCCUAUGAGAACGGGCUCAUGCCUUACACCAAUUACACUUUUGACUUCAAGGGUGUCAUUGACUACAUCUUCUACUCCAAGCCACAACUGAACGUGCUGGGCGUCCUGGGACCCUUGGAGACAGACUGGCUCCUUGAGAACAAUAUUAGUGGUUGCCCACACCCCCACAUCCCCUCUGAUCACUUCUCCCUGUUUGCACAACUGGAGUUGGUCCUGCCUUAUCCUCCCUCUCUCAACGGAGUUCACUUACCUGGACGCAGGUAGUGAGUCCUCCAGCCACUGGUGGCGCUGCAGAUUCCCAGAUCUCUCGAGUUUUUGUGGAAACAUACUGAAAACAACAAAACCUCUAAGCAGUUUCUUUUAUAUAUUUGUUUUGUUUAGUUUUUCUCUUCUACCUUUAGUCAUUUUUAGGGUCCAAACAUAAUUAUAUUUGUCAGGGAGUUUUUUUUUAAAUUUGUUUAGCUAUAAAUCUUUUUUUAUUGUUGUAGUUUAGAAAGAUUUUUGGUAAAUCACUCCCUCCCAUAGGCUGAUAUGUAGUAUUAUUGUUAUUAUUAUUAUAUAUAUUUUUUUUAAAUUGGUGGGCAUAACAAAUGUGUGCAAUUUUUGAACAGACUGUAACAUGAGGGGAACACGCAUGGUCACUCACUCAAAGGGAUUACAAAUAUAUUUAAUGUCAGACCUCAAAGAGAAAAAAAUGGUUAUCAUUAACUCAUCCUGGUGUUGAUCCAAACCCACAUGUCUUCUUUCUUCCUUGGAACACAAAAAAAAGGAAAUGUUAUUAGUCUAAGUCACCGUUCACUUUUAUUGCAUCUUUUUUCUAUACAGUGAAAAUGAGUGGUGACUGAGGCUGUCACUGACUGAGUGGUUUGGAAUGACAAAAUGGUGAGUAAAUGAUGACAGAAUUUUCAUUUUUAGUGCAUUAUACCUUUUAAUAUGAAAAACCAGCAGUUAUAAUUAUGUUUCUGCAAUCAAUCAUUACGUUCUUGGAGGGAAUGAGAACUUAAAUUCACGUAGGCACAAUUUAAUCUGCCAUCUUUAUGCAUUCAUAUAAUGCAUCUUCAAUUCAAAAACAUUUGUCAAAGUUUGCACUUGUAGCUUUUGAAAGGGUGCUUUGCUUGCAGUUGUGUUUCACAUCAUAAAUAUUUGUGUGACCCACAGUUGAAUGAGUGACCAAUGUGUAUUGCAGACCAAACCGGAAGUGUAUGAGAGUGGAGGCCGGAGAGCUUUUCCACUUGUGCGGUGCUCAAACUCAUUUUACAUCGGUGCUGCAUCUCCUGAUGUUUUAUUCUCCCAUCAAUGGUGCAAUAUUCUGAACAGUCUAGAUAUGCUAAGCUUGCACACAGUUAUGGAAUGUUUUUAACAAGCUUAGAGUCAAAUAAAAAGCACUUAUUCUUCUUUCUCUCUUCCUCCGUGUUCAGGUGGGAGUUUGAAAGGUGUUCGCUUAAUUGCGCUUAAUGUAAACCAAAUGAUUUUAAUUGACUCAAUUCUGCGGCACUGCUUUUUUUGCACACUAUUGUUUUAACCCGUUCUACGGAGGCAGGCUCUCUUUGGUUCUUUGUAUGUAAGGCUAUUGAUCUCACUGUGGUUAUUAACAGAAGUUUUAUUUAGAAAGGGAGGUUUUAUAUGAGAAGACUAACCAGGGAGUCUUUUAACCAGCAAUUUCUCAUUGUAAUGGACUGAAAAGGAUUUCCCAUACAUUGUUCAUUCCCUCACCACACACACACACACACUCAAAAGAUCUGUAGCACUGUUCUUGAGGCUAGUCGUGUUGUGACCUAGCCUAAAUCCCCCUAUAUUGUAUCAGAGGGAUCCUCCCAGGUCUUUGUACAAAUUUAAUCAAAUAUAUAAACUGAUUUAGGCUUGACUUGAUUGUAUAUGAGCCACAUGCAAGAUAAAGUUUUUUUUUUUUUAAAUGUGUUUUGUACUAAGAGUAAAUUAUGAUCCAAAUUCAAAUUAAGAUUGUAUUGUAAGCUACGUUUGUAUCGGAAUUAAUCAAUCUUACCAGCUUGUAUAAAAGACAAAGAGGUUGUUAUUGGUUCUUGCAGCCAUACUUUUGCACUCAUCACUCCUUUUGCACUGCAUUUUGUUUUUCUAUUGUAAUUUAUUUCCUUUUGUAACUUCCAGAGCACAUACUUCAGUAUCCGUAUAGAUUUGAAUUGCAGUCUUGCCCAUCCAAUCAUCCAUUUCAAGCUUAUUUUAGUGUGAUGUUUAGUUGUGGUACACGUUUUGGAGAUGCAAGAGUUGUAAGACAUCAGGCAUCAGAAGACAUCUUUAAUUAGCUGCAUUCUAUGCCAGAUUUGUAAAUGUUAAUUUUCAAAACGUUCCACCAAACAAUUUAACGUCCAGGCUAUUUUGUAUAAUCCAUUGUGCUUUGAUACUCCAGCUCUGUCCAGAUCUCGAUCUGUCAAAUGGCCAUAAUUGUUCCUGUGUGGUGCCAGCUUGGUGCAUUUUUCUGUGAAACCAAUUGUAAAAGUUAGAUUUACCCCUUUUUAUUUGUAUAAUUUUUAAAAACCUUCCUUCCUCAUCUAUAACUUGAGUUGUGAGGCUUUGGAGCAAAAUAUAGUCUUUAAGACAUGUAAAUGCUACCUAACAGUAGUCUAUUUGUGGUGUUUUAGCACUUGAUGUAUUUUGGUUCAGCAUGACCAUCACACGUUCGACUUGUCAUAAAUCUGUCCCGCCACUAUGCAGCAGUAUCGAUUUUAAACCUUUCUUUAAUGGUAAGAACCAAAACAGUCACUUGUUAUUUGGGGCCUCUUCAUUAUAUUCUCUAAGUUUUGUUUUGUCUUCUUAAAUGACCAUGAAAUGUUAAUGGUAUUAAAGUAGAAAUGAGAUUAGCUUUUUGUAAAUUGUGAAUAAACUGUGUAUUGCAUAUUUCCUUUCUACAAAACA